GUUUUACGAAUAUAUUGGGGGUUCUUGUAUAGAAGAACACACUUUGCAGAAAAAACAAAGCUCACAACUUGCAAAACAAGGGUUUUCAGGAUUUUUGUUAAUUGAAGAAAUCAUGGCUACCGAGGAUAACAUCGCUGAAUUGAAAGAAGAAAUUCCUGAUAUAGUACCAUUUGACCCCACUAAGAAGAAAAAGAAGAAGAAGGUUGUCAUUCAAGAUCCUGCUGAUGAAUCUGUGGAUAAAUUGGCUGAGAAAACAGAGAAUUUAUCAGUAAACGAUGGAGUUGAAAAUUCGUUCGCUGGCUUGAAGAAAAAGAAGAAGAAGCCUGUCGAAAGUAAUCUUUCAGGUGAUGAUGUUCCUGAGUUUGGGGAAGAGAAGGAUGACUUCAUUGGAGAAGAUGAAGAGGGGGAGGGGAUAGUCUUGCAAGGAGAACGAUCGCUAUAUCCUUGGGAAGGAAGCGACCGAGAUUAUACAUAUGAGGAGCUUCUUGGAAGGGUUUUCAACAUCCUUCGUGAGAACAACCCAGAACUCGCUGGAGACAGGCGUCGAACAGUUAUGAGACCUCCACAAGUGUUGCGUGAAGGCACGAAGAAGACAGUUUUUGUUAACUUCAUGGAUCUUUGCAAAACUAUGCAUAGGCAACCAGAACAUGUCAUGACCUUUUUACUAGCAGAAAUGGGAACAAGUGGAUCUCUAGAUGGACAGCAGAGACUGGUGGUGAAAGGACGAUUUGCUCCAAAGAAUUUUGAAGGGAUAUUGAGGAGAUAUGUUAAUGAGUAUGUUAUUUGCAAUGGUUGUAAGAGUUCAGACACCAUACUGUCAAAGGAAAACCGACUCUUCUUUCUCAGAUGUGAACAGUGUGGUUCUGGACGGUCAGUUGCACCGAUCAAAGCUGGAUUUGUUGCUCGUGUUGGACGAAGGAACCAAGGAUCUUGAGGAAACUGAAAAUCAUUUUUGUUAUUUGUUUGCAAAAUCAAUUUUGUUUUUGUUUUUCCUCCGGGUUGAGAAAGAAGAAAAACGAACCGAAAAAUGGUUGGAUUUGAGUCAUUUGACGUUAUCAGUGUCACAGGGAUAAAUAUGAUAUUUUGUUUCCGGAUUUUGUUUACAAUGUUCUAUGGAUUUCUGUUUGAUGAUUCGUAAUAAUUCCGAGUUUUUGGAAUA